CCUUCUAAUAUCCGCGAUCUCCAGCCAUUAUCCAGUGACGUCAGGCAGUUCUCGCGAGACUUCGGGUGGUUACAGCAAAGAUAGUUGGGUCAAGAUGGACACCGCCAUGCUCAGACGACGAACGACAUUUGAUUAAUGCAACUCGAUGAAGUCCUUCUCGAGACGCCAUCUUUCCGUGGUUGCCAUAGAAACUCAAACUCCGCUGCAGGCUCAACGAUGGCUAGCGGUAAUAUAUCAGAGUUUUACGCUGCUGUCUGCGCAGAACAUGAGAUAAAAAUAAACCCACACGUUUUACAGGUGUUACAGGAGACUACGGUGACGGAGAGUUUCACCUUAAAACUGACAGGAAAAGAACACCUGAGACACGUUCAGCGACUUGAUGAUAAAGAUAUUUUUGCUCUCUCUAAAUGUCUGAGAAACAACCAGAGUGUGACAGGUCUUGAUUUCAGGUACAACAACAUAACAAAUGAAGGGGUUGGACACCUAGUUGACCUUUUACAGAAGGACACAUCAGCUCUGCACUCUCUGGACUUGAUGUCCAACGACAUCCAGACAGACGGAGCUGAAGUUCUCGCCAAGAGCCUGCAGUGUAACAGCACCUUGCUCUCUCUCAGCCUGUCUGGUAAUAAGAUUGAGAACAGAGGAGCCAUGCACCUGGCCAGCAUGCUGCAGGUGAACAACACCCUGAAACACCUGGAGCUGGCUGACUGCGACUUGGCUACUCAGAGUGUGAUAGCGUUCGCCAUCGUGUUGAAAAGCAACAAGACUCUUCUCUCUGUCGACUUCAGCCGGCCGCUGCUCUUCAGCCUCCAGGAGGAGUGGGCGGUGCACUUCUCUGAGAUGCUGGCGGUGAACAGCAGCCUGGUGGAGCUCCACCUGGGGAAGAUGGGGAUGACGGACACCGGCAUGGAGAGGCUGACUGAAGGCCUGAGACUCAACCACAGCCUGCGCUACCUGGACCUGCGCGGUAACCGUGUGACUCGUGACGGCGUGCGCCAUCUAGUCGAGCUGCUGAAGAAGAACCCCACCCUGGAGGUCAUAGAUCUGUCGUCCAAUCGGAUUGAAGAUGAAGGCGCUGUGUGCCUGAGCGAGGCCGUCGCCUGGCCAGGCUGCGUCCUGAGAGAGCUGUCUGUCUGCAGUAACAACAUCGGGACUGAGGGUCUGCUGUCUUUGGCUCGGGUUCUGACUGUUAACACAACUCUGAACCACAUUUACAUCUGGGGGAAUCACCUGGAGGAGCCCGUCUGUCUGGCCUUCAGAGAGCUGAUCGCCAGCGGCCGCCUGCCUCCGGAUCAGACGGAUGUGAGCGCGUAUGAGGUGGAUGGUCGGGUGUUUCUGUCUGAGGUCUUCCACAGUUUGAGGAAACAUUAUCACAGCACAAACAGCUCCGCUACAGACACAUCCACCACCUCCAACACCACAACAGACCCGCUGACAAACCACGCUGCCGCCAGCUGCGCCUCCACCUUCCCGCAUCCACUUUCCCGCCUCAGCAGCGCCUCCACCUUCCCGCAUCCACCUUCCCGCCUCAGCAGCGCCUCCACCUUCCCGCAUCCACCUUCCCGCCUCAGCAGCUCGUCCCUCCGCAGACUUGCUAAGAAAGAACCUCAUUAACCUCAACACCUCCUCACACCCAGCAGCAUCCCAACAGACUUAAAGAUGGACUUAAAAAGAAACUUUAAACCUGCACACACACACGUUAAAAGAACAAAAUAAAACAAUGCAAAUAUGAAAAAUGAA